AUGGUCGAAAAGGACUCUGGCGCUGGCCUUGGAGAAUGCCUAUUGAGCCAGUCUGCCCACGCUCUCCCAUACGACGUUGUGAUUAGAGAACUGGGGACCAAACUCGAAGAGGGCUUGAGCUCUGAGGAAGCGAAACAACGUCUUCACAAGUAUGGCCCCAACAAGUUGGAAGAAGGUGAAGGAGUCUCCGUGAUCAAAAUUCUUAUCCGCCAGGUGGCCAACGCAAUGAUGCUAGUUAAGGGACCCACUUUUCUUUGCCUUGAUCCCCUCUUCGUUGGCGGAUUUAUCACCGCUGUUAUCGUUUUGAAUAUUAUCGUUGGUUUCUUCCAGGAGUAUGCCGCCGAAAAAACAAUGGAAUCAUUACAUUCAUUGAGCUCGCCUACCGGUACAGUGUCUAGGGACGGCCAGACUUUCGCGGUUCCUUCAGUGGAGAUCGUUCCUGGUGAUAUGGUUGAAUUGCGAACAGGCGAUACAGUUCCAGCAGACAUCAGAUUAGUCGAAGCUGUGAACUUCGAGACAGACGAGGCCCUGCUCACAGGAGAGUCCCUUCCGGUCCAGAAGGAAUAUGAUUCUACAUUUAAGGAUGAUACUGGCCCUGGAGACCGUCUGAACAUCGCUUAUAGCUCUAGCACCGUCACUCGCGGUCGCGCGCGUGGUGUGGUUUUUAGUACCGGUAUGUCCACUGAGAUUGGUUCUAUUGCUGCCGCACUGCGAGAUAGCAACAGUAAGAAGCGCCCGGUGAAGCGUGGACCCAACGGAGAGACGAAGAAGCGUUGGUAUGUUCAGGCAUGGACCCUGACGGGUACUGAUGCUGUCGGUCGGUUUCUUGGUGUCAAUGUUGGAACUCCACUGCAGAGGAAGCUGUCGAAAUUGGCCAUUAUACUGUUCGGAGUCGCUGUGCUCUUUGCUAUCGUUGUAAUGGCUGCCAAUCUCUUUAGUGACAACAACGAAGUUAUCUUAUAUGCAGUCGGAACUGGCCUCAGUAUGAUUCCCGCGUGCUUAGUAGUCGUCCUUACUAUUACCAUGGCUGUCGGUACGAAGCGCAUGGUGGAGCGGAAUGUUAUUGUUCGCAAGCUUGAUUCUCUCGAGGCGCUUGGGGCAGUGACAGAUAUCUGUUCUGAUAAGACAGGUACUUUGACUCAGGGCAAGAUGGUUGUUAAAAAGGCCUGGAUUCCCUCGAAAGGCACCUACUCAGUCGGCAUAUCUAAUGAGCCCUUUAACCCCACUGUCGGCAACGUAACAUUCACUCCGGUGUCUCCUGCGCACUUUGAUGUUGAAAAGGAAGGAGAGCCUGUGGGGAAACCAGAGGACCUCAUCUUGGGAAACCGUCAACUAGAGGACUUCUUAGACGUGGCAUCUAUGGCUAAUUUGUCGCAUGUUUAUAAAUCCGACGAUGGAGAGUGGCAUGCUCGAGGCGAACCCACUGAGAUUGCUAUCGAAGUCUUUGCUUCAAGGUUUAACUGGAAUCGCGACCGAUGGACUAAAGGCAGAGGUGCUGUGUGGCACCAAAAGGCAGAGUUUCCUUUUGAUUCUACCGUCAAAAAGAUGUCUGUCAUCUUUUCUAAGGUCACCCCGCAAGGAGAACACCUGAUGGUUUUUACCAAGGGCGCUGUUGAGCGUAUCAUCGAUGCAUGCACGACUAUCAUUUGGGAUCAUGACUCAUCCUUGCCAGUUCCAAUAACAGAUAGUUACCGCAGCUGGAUUCUGGAAAAUAUGGAGGAGCUCGCAAGACUUGGUCUCCGCGUGUUGGCAUUAGCCCAUCGGCCGUAUAAAGAGAGCCAUGUCUUUGACAAUCCUGGUAUCAGCCGUGACGACGUCGAAAAGAAUCUCUGCUUUCUUGGACUGAUCGGUCUCUACGACCCUCCGCGACCAGAAACAGCUUCUUCCAUCGCAGCAUGUUACCGUGCCGGAAUUGAAGUGCAUAUGGUGACGGGGGACCAUCCUGGGACUGCCAAAGCCAUUGCACAGCAGGUGGGGAUUCUUCCUGCGGAUCUCGGCACAGUGGCAGCCGACGUGGCAGACGCUAUGGUCAUGACUGCCGGUCAGUUUGACAAGCUCACUGACGAACAAGUCGAUGCCCUCCCUACCCUGCCUCUGGUCAUUGCCCGCUGCGCUCCUCAGACCAAAGUACGCAUGAUUGACGCGCUUCACCGGCGCGGGCGGUUUGCCGCUAUGACAGGCGAUGGUGUCAACGAUUCUCCAUCCCUUAAACACGCGGAUGUGGGCAUCGCCAUGGGCCAAGCCGGAUCAGAUGUCGCCAAGGACGCAUCAGACAUCAUCCUCACAGACGAUAACUUCGCCUCGAUCCUCAACGCAGUAGAAGAAGGCCGCCGCAUCUUCGACAACAUUCAAAAAUUCGUCCUUCAUCUCCUCUCCGAGAACAUCGCCCAAGCCUGUACACUGCUAAUUGGCCUUGCUUUCCAGGACAAAGAUGGCCGCUCCGUCUUUCCCCUAUCCCCUGUAGAAAUUAUAUGGAUCAUCAUGAUUACUUCCGGCAUGCCGGACAUGGGUCUAGGCAUGGAGGUCGCCGCGCCCGAUAUCAUGGACAGACCUCCACAAAACAAAGCCGGCAUUUUCACCUGGGAAGUCAUAAUCGACAUCAUAGUUUACGGCUUGUGGACAGCAGCCCUCUGCCUGUCGGCCUUCUCCAUCCGCAUGUGGGGCUUCGGCGACGGUAACCUUGCACGAGGCUGCAACAGGGCAUGGAGCGAAGAAUGUGAUCUUGUGUUCCGCGCCCGCGCAACGACCUUUGUCUGCCUCACCUGGUUCGCCCUCUUCCUGGCCUGGGAAAUGGUCAAUAUGCGCCGUUCCUUCUUCCGCAUGCAGCCUAAAUCCGAGCGCUACUUCACGCAGUGGAUGCACGAUGUCUGGCGUAACCCUUUCCUCUUCUGGUCCAUCAUAGCCGGCUUUGUCACGACCUUCCCGAUCCUGUACAUCCCCGUGAUUAACAAAGUGGUCUUCAAGCAUACCUGGAUCUCAUGGGAAUGGGGCAUCGUCUUCGUCGAGGCUAUCCUCUUCUUCAUGGGUGUUGAGACCUGGAAAUGGGCCAAGCGCAUUUUUUUUCGCAGACGCGCCCGGAGCCAAUUUUUAGUAACAGGCGCAGACGUGGAAAGGAGAGAUAGGAGCUGA